GAGAGGCAGGCAGACACCGACCUCUGCAGCAGCAGCAGCAGCAGCAGCAGCUGCAUGACCAGGAACCUCCACAGCAAACAGACCUGACCGCUUUGACACUGCACUCCUGUGGACGCGACCAGACGCCGCGGUUUCCAACGCUGACGCGCACAUUUGCACAACCGAAGAAGGCGAUCCAACUGCGGAAGAGCGAGUGGGCUCCGUCUGCUGUGCGCUUCAAAACACUGAUCAGAAGACAUGGUGGACACCCAGCAGCUCCUAGCCUGGCCUGUCGGGUUCAGUCUGAACGCCGUGGACCUGUCAGAGCUGGACGACAGCUCCCACUCCCUCGACAUGAAACAUUUGUCCACGUUAGACUACGCCUCCAUCUCUUCCUCCACCAUCCAGUCCUCCCUGUCUCCCUCACUCGUAUCCUGCAUCUCUCCUGCCGGUGUGGCCUAUGACCCCAGUCCUACGCAGAGCGAAGAACACCUGACCAACAUGGACUACGCAAACAUGCACAGCUACAGGACAGAACUGGACACACACAACUCGAUCAAGCUGGAGCCGGGGUCGCCUCCACAGUUCUCUGACAGUCCAGUGUUCGCCAAGGUCCAGGACGAUGCGCCGGCAGCAGCGCUGAACAUCGAGUGUCGCGUGUGUGGAGACAAAGCCUCAGGGUUCCACUAUGGCGUCCAUGCCUGUGAGGGCUGUAAGGGUUUCUUCAGACGCACUAUCAGGUUAAAGUUGGUGUACGAUCACUGUGAUCUUCACUGUCGCAUUCACAAGAAGUCCCGCAACAAGUGCCAAUACUGUCGCUUCCAGAAGUGCCUCAAUGUUGGCAUGUCACACAACGCCAUUCGUUUUGGCCGGAUGCCGCAGGCAGAGAAGGAGAAACUGCUGGCUGAGUUCUCGUCUGACAUGGAGCACAUGCACCCUGAGGCAGCAGAUCUGAGGGCUCUGUCCCGGCAUCUGUACGAGGCCUAUCUGAAAUACUUCCCCCUCACCAAGGCCAAGGCCAGGGCCAUCCUCUCUGGGAAGACCGGAGAUAACGCGCCUUUUGUCAUCCAUGACAUGAAGUCUCUAAUGGAAGGAGAGCAGUUUAUUAAUUGCCGACAGAUACCCACCCAGCAUCACCAGCAGCAGGCCUCUGCCCAAACAGUCGGACAUGGAGGUCUCACACUAGCUCACCAGGGGUCAGAGUGUAGCAUUUCAGAGGCUGUGGAGCUGCGUUUCUUCCAGAGCUGUCAAUCACGUUCGGCCGAAGCGGUGAGAGAAGUUACAGAGUUCGCCAAAAGUAUCCCAGGAUUCAUCGAUCUGGAUCUCAAUGAUCAGGUAACUUUGUUGAAGUACGGUGUGAUCGAGAUCUUAAUCAUCAUGAUGGCUCCUCUGAUGAACAAAGACGGGACCCUCAUCUCCUACGGACAGAUCUUCAUGACGCGGGAGUUCCUCAAGAGUCUCAGGAAACCCUUCUGUCAAAUGAUGGAGCCAAAGUUUGAGUUCUCGGUCAAGUUCAACACGCUGGAGCUGGAUGACAGCGACAUGGCGCUGUUUCUGGCUGUCAUUAUCCUCAGUGGGGACCGUCCAGGCCUGCUGAACGUGAAGCCCAUCGAGCAGCUUCAGGAGACGGUGCUCCAUUCGCUGGAGCUGCAGCUGAAGCUAAACCACCCAGACUCUCUGCAGCUGUUCGCCAAGCUGCUGCAGAAAAUGACGGACCUGCGUCAGAUCGUCACCGACCACGUCCACCUCAUCCAGCUGCUGAAGAAGACGGAGGUGGACAUGUGCCUACACCCACUGCUGCAGGAGAUCAUGAAGGACUUGUAUUAGAAUUCAACAGGAGAAAAAGGACAAGUGGAGAAAAGCGGGAAGAGAAAUAGAAAGCGUGAAUAAAGAGAUUUUAUUUUUGAAAUCAUGACUUGCGAAAUUAGAGGAGAAAGCGCUUUGUGCUGCCGGUGGGUUGGAGAAAAAAAAAAGUUGGGUAACCAGACAGGCUGACUGAAAAUGAGAAAGAGGUAGAGAGGAACAGGAAAAGAGAAAUCAAGGAUAGAAAGACUGAAUCUGAGCGUUAGAUCUUGUCUAGACAGCAGCAUGUGAGUAACUUGCGGUGCACAGUCAUUUAGCCACUGCUGAGCCUGGACAUUUUGUGAAUGAGUAGGCUGCCAACUUAAAUACCAAACUACCACCUACUGCAACAAUCAUCUGUGACUUACUGACAGAGAGGGGACUUUCUUAUUGGCGAGCUGAAGCUUAAAAUUGCGAGUGCUCGACACAGCCUGCUUCAAAGCGCCGUGAGGAGAAACGGAUCACUGUGAAUAUUUUACACCAUGUGUCACACAGUACAGUAUGUGUCGUUCAUGUGCAGCUUAUCUACACGUUGCAUUACAACCGUCAUAGGCAGCAGCGGCGUGUCCGUGCUUCAAUACCUCUGUGAACACGCACAAAUGCAUGAACGCAACACACACACACACAAAACGAUGAACAGACAGAGCAUUUUCUGUUUUGGCAUCAGGGUGAAGGUGCUAUCUCUUUUUAAUCAGCUUUAUCCAAAGACAGAAAUCAGAUUACCGCCUGUAACAUAUUUUAGUGUCGGUCCCGUGUACAAACUGUGAGAAAGUGUGAAGCCAACAGAAGGCACAUUUCCAUGAUGAUGUCAGCUCUUUGUUGAGAAAUGAAACAGUAUACGCCAUAUUGUGCCUUUAAGAGUCACUGUUUUGUUUUUUGUCUUUUGCUGUUUUGUCUGUUUUCUUGUGAAAUUACUGCCAUUUAGAAAACAUUAGAUAUAAUACACAUGUAUAAUGUAUAAUAUAUAUUCAUGUAUAUUAUUUUUGUAUAAAUGAAACUGUCAAACACAAUUGGCUUUUCAGCCUGAGCGGUUUUAUUUCAAAUUCUUGAAAAAAAGUGGUUGAGUUUUACUAUGAAAUUAUUUUGUACAUGCAAAGUGUCUGGUAUGUCUGUUGUUUUUCUUUGACGGGGUGUCUUGGACAAAGGUAUUGGAAUAAUACCAGUAAGGGGAGAAAAUAGAAUUGUGGUAAAUAAAAUAUUUUCUAACUUUU